CUGGAGAUGCUCUAACAGGCGAUUUGGUUGAUUUUCCGUCCAUGUUCAAAAUUGGAAUUUCCACGUAAGUCUAUAUCAAAAUUUUCCCAAGAAAACCCAUCGACCGAAAAAAAUCAGUGAGGAGAGUGAAGGACAUGGCUGCACCUGCACCUGCACCUGCACCACCAGGGCCAUUUCAGAAAACUGAGGAAGAAUGGCGGGCUGUUCUCUCCCCGGAACAGUUCAGGAUUCUACGCGAGAAAGGAACUGAGCUAAAAUUCACUGGGGAAUAUGACAAGGUUUUUGAAGAAGGGGUUUACAAAUGUGCUGGUUGUGGGACACCCCUUUAUAAGUCAACUACCAAGUUUGAUUCCGGAUGCGGUUGGCCUGCAUUCUACGAGGGUCUGCCUGGAGCCAUAAACCGAUCGCCUGACCCAGAUGGGAGGAGAACUGAGAUCACAUGUGCAGCUUGCGGCGGUCACUUGGAACAUGUUUUUAAAGGGGAAGGGCACAAGGUGCCGACAGAUGAACGCCACUGUGUCAACAGCGUUUCCAUCAAGCUUGUUCCUGAAACGUCUGCACUAUGAGGUCUUUUGAGGUUGCAUCUCCUCAGAUCAAGCUGCUUUCGUAGGCGCUUAAACCUUAAUCUGAAAUGCAGUGUUUGUGAGUCGCUUGUUAUGAUACUUUAUCUUUAGCUAAAGUGCCAAUAAAAUCUCUUUGUUUUAGUUUCGUUUCA